CGAGGCAUAUUUUCACUGUUACCUGCCAGCCAUCGAGCCAUCCAACCCAGUGUGCAGCCACGAAACACCAGAAACCUGACGGUCAGACAAAUCAACACAGGAAAUCACAGAGGAGUCAAUGACCCUGACUUAUUCUGCAGCAUAACAGUACCAGUAAGAGGGAGGGGUGAGCAGAGGAAUCCUCUGUUUGUCGAAAUGUCUCUUAUUCAAGUGAGCACCUACGUUCCCAGGUUGAGCCAGCUGUUUGUCAUGUAGGUCACAGUGGGGCGGGGGGCUGUGACCUCAGUCCCAGGCCUGUUCCUCUGUCCUGACAGGAGGAGGAGUUGUCUGAUGUGAAGGAAAACAGAGUUGAGCUCCACCAGCAGAGACACCAGAGCAAAGCCCAGGUAAAAGACCCCAAGACGAGGAUGACUGGGACAAGAGUUGCAGACAAGUUGACCGUUAAAGAGCAGGAGUUGUGAACGCAGUAACAAUUUUAAGAACUCCGGCACUGAUCAAUGGAUUCCACCCAUCUUCUACGGAUUUAUCCUCCACAUGUGGGCAAAAGGCAGGGUACACCAUGGACAGUUCGCCAGUCCAUCACAGGGCCACACAGAGACGAACAACCCAAAUCCCAGUGGUGCCUUUGUGGACCAGUAGAAGAGAAGGUUGACUUUCAAUGAGAAAGUUGUGGAUUUAAUUUGUAUUUCCUCUACAUGCUGAUGGGGAAUGAUUCUUGAUCAUCCUUGUAUCAUUUGAGCAGUCAUCAAGACUACUAGACAUGUACUUUUGUGGAAUUAGUUUAUCAUGGUUGUUUUUUUUUCACUGGCAGUAUCCAGUCUGUAAUCUGACUUUGGCUUGAUUUAAGAUUACAUUACAUUACAUUACAUACAUAAUGUAAUGUAAUGAUUUAAAAGAUGAAAAUGCUGCUGAUAUAUGGCUACUAUAUAAUGCUCAUUCCUGUUAGUGCAAAGGCUUCACCUGUGGAUACAGCUACAAGGCUGUGGGAAGACACGGAGUGAAAUGAGAUCAGGUCCUCCAGCAUCUGAGGCUGGAGGGAGAAACUGCAAGGCAAGAGCGAGAGAGAGGAGAGAGAUCUCAACGCGAGUGUAAAUAAUUUGAAAUGUGAUGAAGUGUUUUAUCUUUACACACCAUAAAACCGCCCAUGCUCCUGUCAGCGAGCUGUGAGCCAGAGAAGUGCUGAUGUUCCUCCACUUCCAGGAUUUCUUUGUUGCCAGCACUGCCGCCGGCGUUGGCAGGAACCUGACAAUGGUGUUCAGCAGUUUGAAAGACAAUGCCGAUCCUCCUGUGACCAGGAGUGUUGACCUCAGAUCCAUCACCAGGCUUCACCGCAGAGCUGAGUUCACCUCGCCUGUGUCAUGCUCUGCUGUUGUCAGACCGCAUCCUCAGUGGUGGGAGAGUGUGGGCUGAAACUGUGUUUGGAAGGAAAGAAAGGGAAGAAAAAAUAAACACUGUCUUCAACCAGCGAUAUAUAUUUUGAAGCGAUCGUCGCCCUCUAACACGCAUUCCUUCGUCACGUGAGGUGAUAAACUGAUCACUGAUAACAGCUGAAGGGUCCCGGCCCUUCCAUGGGUCAGAGUCAUUGAAAGGUCAAGAUAAGACUCCUAAUCUGCACAGCAGUGUACACUUACUGGCCCCUUUAUUAGGUACGGGACACUUAGUAAAGUGGCAGGAGUGGCACCUGGUGAGUGUCAUAGGCAGGUUGCACUCCUGUUCCUCCCCUUUGCAGUCUGUCUGUCAUGUCCCUGUUUUGCCUGUGUGUGUGUGUGUGUGUGUGUGUGUCAAUCAGCUGCUCAACUGGUCUUCGCCUCCCACACACCCGGUUCCAAUCUCCUCAUCAAGCUCCCAAUAUCGACACCAGCUCUCCUCCCCCUCAAGGCCAGAUUGUUUUAUCACCUCAUGUGGUAACACCGCCAGGCUCCUUCAGUGUUUUUUUGCAUACUCUUGUUAAAAUUGCCAUCCUGGUUUGCCUCACUCACUUUCAUUCUCCUCUGCUCAGUGUUCCCGACCUACCAUCAGCCUGCCUAGUCCCCGCCAGCUCACCUGCCACACCACCCAGCUCCCUCUGCCCAUCCAGCCGCCUGUACAUCGCCAUUUUCCCCCUUGCUUCAUUCGCUGCCAGCCGCUCCCACGCCUUAAUGAAUUAAACUUCAUUCUGCUCCUCCUCUGUGUUCUGCGCUUGGGCCCACCUUAACACGCCAUUGUAACAUGUCCUGUGCUGCCUCGUCAGCCGUUUCCUCUGUGCUGCUGUUGUGAAAUACAAAAGACUUUUCUGUGGAACAAUGACACGGCUGAAUCCACCACCGACAUCACUCAAACUCUUCAUUCACCACGGUCCCAAAAGUCACUUUUUGGUUGAUUUUUGCUUUUUUUCCUUAUGAAAACCCAAAUCUUCCAACUUUUCAACAAGGGAUGAGGGUCAGGGAUGGACUGGUUGCCACGGAAACGGGCUCAUAUAUCAUCAUUCAGCUGAUGAGCAGGGAACAAACCGCGGCCGCAAACGGCUGUCAGUGGAGCAUCGGACUAACUUUGUACGUGUCUGCAGAGAUUUUGUGAAUCUGUGUGACCUUUUGCAUAAAUCAGAGAGAAUCAGAGGCAUGUCGGUCACCAAACCACACUCUGAUCCAGAAGAAACGUCAGAGGAGCUGACGGCAGCCGUGUGUCUGGAGUCAGACCUGCAGGAUGGACAGAUGAUGGAGGUUGAAGUGGGACAUCACAGCGUGUUGCUGACUCGCUCCAACGGCAAAUAUAGUGCCAUUGGUAACCAGUGUACACACUAUGGGGCUCCGCUCAGCAAAGGAGUUCUUUCAGGCCACAGAGUGCGCUGUCCAUGGCACGGCUCCUGUUUUAAUGUCCAAACAGGAGAUCUGGAGGAGUUUCCUGGUAUGGACUGUUUACCCUGCCACAAGGUCAAAAUUCAAAACAGUAAAGUGUAUGUGUCUGUCAUCAAAAAGACUCUCUUGCAGGAAAAAAGACUGAAGAGUAUGGGAACUGCAAUACCAGGAGUUACUCACACUAUUCUGCUGCUGGGAGGAGGUCCCGCGUCGCUGAUCUGUGCUGAAACUCUCCGUCAAGAAAACUUUGGCGGCAGAAUAAUCAUGGUCACCAAAGACAACCUUUUACCUCACGACAAAACCCGCCUCAGCAAGGUGAUGAAUGUUGAGAGCGACAGUAUUCUGCUGCGGAGGAUGGAGUUUUUCCAGCAGUACGGCAUCGAGGUGUGGCUCAGGAAAAAAGCACUGUCGGUGGACACAGACAAGAAGACAGUCACGUUUGAUGACGGUUCUGUCCAGAGCUAUGACCAGCUCCUCAUUUCAACUGGCUGCAGGGCAAAAUGUCUGGAUGUGCACGACAUAAACCUGGACAACGUCAAGAUGUUAGAGACUCCAGAAGACGCCCGACAAAUCCACGCAGCUUGUCUGGGCAGCAACGUCGUCCUCGUGGGAACGUCGUUUGUUGGUAGCAUGGAAGUUGCGUCUUAUUUGAUAGACAAAGCCUCCAGUAUCACAGUGAUUGGUAGCAGCGAGAUGCCGUAUCAGAACACACUGGGUCCUGAGAUCGGCAAAUUCACUAUGAUGAUGCUUUCAGAGAAAAAUGUGAAAUUCUACAUGAACGAUAUUGUGACGGAGGUCAAAGGUGUGAACGGCAAGGUGAAUGAGAUUGUGCUUAAAAGUGGGAGAAUUAUUCCUGCUGAUGUUCUGAUCGUUGGCAUCGGCGUCGUUCCAAACUCAGAGGUGCUGAGAGGCAGCAACAUACAGAUGGAUGCAAAACACUUUGUACCAGUUGAUAAGUACAUGCACACCAACAUCCCUGACGUGUUUUGUGCGGGUGACCUGACCACCUUCCCCCUGGCGAUGGCCAAAAACCGGAUGGUGAACAUCGGACACUGGCAGAUAGCAAAAGCACAGGGGAGAAUAGCAGCCCUGAAUAUGAUGAAUUAUCCGACUGAACUUAACACAGUUCCUUUCUACUGGACCGUCCUACUGGGUAUGACAAUCCGAUAUGCAGGUUAUGGAGAAGGAUACACCGAGAUUGUGAUGAAAGGAACGUUUGAGGACAGGAAGUUUGUGGCGCUCUACAUCAAGAAUGAUGAAGUCAUAGCAGUAGCGAGUCUGAACUAUGACCCAGCAGCGUCUGCGGUGGCUGAGAGGUUGACAACAGGAAGAGUCAUCACAAAGAAAGAGGCCGAAUCAGAUGAUCUGAGCUGGCUGCAGCUUUCCUGAUCUCCACUUCUCAUCAUCACGACUCAUCGUCUGUGCAGUGUUGGUAUGAAACCACAACAACAGCCUCCUUGUCUCCACUGCUCUCACCAAGGACAGAGAGUGAAAGAGACAGUCUUCAGUCUUUACAGACCUGUGUUCUGAAAGCAGGACUGAAUCCAUACAUCACACAAACACCACAUACCUCAGAUGGAUGCAGCUUUUUUGGGGGGCUUUUACUAUUUUAUAUUAUUUAAUCCAGCUUUUAUCUUUAUUCUAUUUUCACAUCUCACAUGUCUUCAGGGGUAUUUCACUAACAGUCACAUUCAUGAUGCCUUGCGGUCUCCGCUGUAAAUAUUGAUGAGGUGGUGUGAGCGGCCUGAAGGUGCUGUGACCUCCGUGUCCACGGUGGCCGUGUAUGUGGGGAGGUCAGUGAGGUUUCAGAGGGGAAUUUAGGAAAACAGAGCGCCGCUGUUCAGCUCUUUGACCACAGAGAUGCUGAAACAGGCAACAGCAACAAAACACACUGACAGGGAACAAAGAAGACAGUGAGACAAAACCUCCAUGAAAGAACAAGUGCAGUGUCUGACUGCUUUAUCACUUUAUUUCUUUACUUCUAAAUCAGUGUUUACGCUCAGGUGAAAACCUCAGGUUCACAGUUCAACUCAUGAAGACUUUUUAACAACUGUAGAAGUUUUAGGGCUUAAAGCGCCAUUGGCUUAUAUUUUGUAUUGUUUUAUGUAAAUGAUUUGGAUUUUCUUUUUUAAUUAAAUGCUAGGUCAUGGUGAAACGUU